CCCUGCCUCGUAUCUCUUCUAAUUGCUCGACGUUUACAGCUGUGCAGAACCCAGCCCAGUACCUUUGUUCGCCACCAACCACGUCUUCAUUCCGUCGUCGUGUUGGUUGUGCACUUCUCCAUUGUCACUAGCACCAGCGGCCGCCCACCAUGGGCAACGUCCACGCCAGUAUCACGACCCCGGCGUUCAUCACUCGCUCGGUCGCAGACUUCGCCUCGGAGGAGCACGAGAAGACGACGUCGGCGUGUGAUUACCUCCCACACCGCGAUGAGAGCAACCCGGCGGUCUACAUCACAAAGGUGUACUGGUACACGCCCGACGGGCGGCGGUGGUGUAUGACGCGCGAGGCCCUCUGCUCGGCCUGGAUCAACCUCGCGAACCGCGAGCUGCUGUACUCGUCGAUAGAAGCGUACGCGCAGAACGUCGAGGCGAUGCGCCCGGCGUCAAUGGCGCGCGCGGACGGCAGCGACUGUGGGCCCGUGAGCCCGAUCGCGCGGCGGCUGUCUUUGUCCAUGAACCCGACGGUAACACGCCGCAUGUCGAUGGGGGCCGUAGCGACCGAGUUUGGCGAGCACCCGCGGCGGCUGUCGACGUCGGCCGGCCCCUCGCCGCCAACGCGCCGCCUCAACCUCGCGCGCGAGCGCCGCCCGUCCGUCCCCCUCGCGAGCCCCCCGACGCGCGGCAUCCUCCUCACGCCCGUCAGCGGCGCCGCGAGCCCCAAGCCCCCGGCCAGUCCCAAGCCCGGACGCCGGCUGAGCUUCAGCACCACGCCAACGGGCGCAGGCAGCCCGCGGCCGCCGGCAAGCCCAAAGCCCAAGCCUGUGCGCCGGCUCUCCUUCAGCAUGACGAGCGCGAGCGCGAGCGCGGUCGAGGACGACAAUGCGGCGCCGCCAAAGCCGCUGCGCAGGCUAUCACUAGGCCUGAGCGGCACGACGACGACGCCGAGCGACACGCCCAAGCCGCCCAAGCCCGCCCGCCGCAUGUCCCUCAGCAUCAACACCGGCGCUGGGGCGGGCGCAGAGUCCAGCGCGGCAGCGAAGCGCCGCCUGUCGAUGAGCGCCAACUCGUCCCCGCGCAGCCCGACGUUUCCGUCCCUCCGCUCGCUGUCGAUGAGCGCCGCGCGGCCCGAGAAGCCGACGCCAGAGCUUGUAGAGAGCGACAGCAUGUCCUCGGGCACGGCUAGCCCGAUGCCGCCUGACCCGCUCGGCCGGUUGGAGGUGGGGCAGCUGCGAGGCGAGCUCAACAACCUCAUCCUCUACCUCCAACACAGCGAGGAGCGCGGCCUGCCCCCGCGCAAGCCGGACGCCGAGCGCGCCGCCACGCUCGACGACAUACUCGAGUAUGCGCUGUCCCCCGCGCCGAGCGACGUGGACCUCGGGCAGAGCUGGCGUGAUAAGCUUGAGCGUGUCGAGCAGACGUUCGGCGAGGAGUUUGCGCUCCCGCCGGUCAUUGCGCCUGGCUUCAAGGACGACCGAGACUGGCGCGUGCGUAUCAAUGAAGUCGAGUACGCCGCUGGCGAUGAGAUGCCUGAACUUUUCCGCCCGAGCUUGUGUAGUUGUUCCGUGUGCAGCAUUUAAGCAUCACUCCAUAAUCCCACCCUCCCACCCCAACCCGGACCCAGGUUGCGUGACCCCGCCCCCUCCGUGUGCAGCAUUUGAAAAGGACUCUUUACCACCACAACAACUCACUCUAUAGACCAUCUAUAGACCAUGAUGCAUGACCUUGUCACUCACUCAA